GCAUGGAAGAGAUGGGUUGAAGGAAAGCCUGAGAUGGUUAUUGAUCCUUUACUGAUGAAAAAUCCGAGACACGAGAUCAUCAAGUUGAUCCAGAUUGGCUUAUUGUGCGUCCAAGAGAAUGCAUCAAAGAGACCAACGAUGAACUCUGUAAUAGUUUGGCUUGGCAGUGAGACUAUCAUCAUUCCUUUACCUAGGGCUCCUGUUUUCACUAGGGAUCAAUCCCAAUCUGAAAAUAGUAAAAUGUCAAUGAGCAAUGACAUCUUUACAGAUUUGAGUUGCCGUUGA